AUGAGUAAUAUAUUGUCAGUAUUCAAUCCGCCACCUUCAAGGGAGUUAGACGAAGAGGAGACCAGGGACUGUGUGCCUUGUCAAGUCAUGAGCACAGUAUUUGGUAUUGGGUUUGGUAGUUAUCUUGUCUCAGGACGUGCAUUUAAAUAUAGUGAGGCUGAGAAGAAGAAAGGUAUUUCAUUAGAAGAAUUCAAUAAAAGAAAUCCUAUGUGGUGGAGACGCUCUCUGAAGGGACUUGGUAGUAUAUUCAUUAUUAUGGGUCUAGCAAGAGGUACUGAAGGUUGGUUAUGGAAUAAAGAGAAAGAAUAUAAGAAAUUUUAA